AUGCAGAAUUCAGCCAAUUAUGUUGAAUCCAAAACAGUGUACAUAAACAGACAGGAUAUGAAAGAAAGACGUUCUAAUUUGGUUCGACUAAACAAACUAAAAGGUUUUACCAGUGAUCUCAAGAUAAGUGCUGAGGGAGACUGCCGUUACAACAACAGACUUUUCGGUGGGAACUCCAGCACACCCCUCCAGCUCAAGCGGUCUACACCAUUGCUGAGAACGAAACACCUAAAAAGGAAAUUAUUGGGAUAUACACUGCAAACAAACUUUGCAAAAAAAGCUGAAAUCCUCAGAUCUAAAGGAGAGAAAAUUACAUGUCCAGAUCACGGUGGAAAAUGUACAGCCAAUUUCAAGACAACAGAUUCCAUCGGCAAUGAGGGCUUAUAUGCAGAAAAAUGCGUGAAUGAAUUUCAAGUGGACGAAGACAAACUCAACAUUGGUUAUUUUACGACUGAUGGCGAUUCACAUGCUACUGACGGUGCUACCCGAGCGCAGACAGGUUCCAUUGAGAAUUUACGUGACACUAGACAUUUUUCUAAAAGUCAGCAAAAGGCGAUUGAAAAAGUUUCAUUUAGGUUAACCAUGUUUCCGGGGAAAAAUAAAUCAGACCGACAGAAAGUACAGCGACGUUUUGCCAUCGACAUCAAGCAACGUUGUCACCUCGAACUUGACAUCGCUCACCGUCAACUUGCAGGAGAUAUCACUAAAAUAGUUAGAAAAAUGACGUACACCAUCGAUUCCAUCGUGGCCUGUGUGAGUGGCAACUGUUCAACACUGUGUCAAAGGCAUUCAUUUGUGUGUUCGGACAGGCGGAUCAAGGCAUGGAAACCAGCCUAUUUACCUGCAGAUUCAGUUCUGAAAAUGAAAGAAGGCGAUAAAGAAUUGUUAAGAAAAUGCCUAGAACUUUGA